AUGUAUCCUGUCUUCUAACUGGGAAACUUUGGUAUUUCUUUGUUAUAGCUACUGUUGUAGCAUUUGUAAGGGAAGUGGAUGUCUUAGAGUUUCAUGGGAGAAAGUGCAGUACUGAAGACCUUCACACCCAAAAAGGAAUAUGUUUUGUAGGGAAGCUGUUUCUAUUGACUCCCCAGGCUAAUCUUUUGGCUGAGAAAGUGGAACAGCUGAUGGAGUGGAGCUCAAGGCGUUCAGUCAUCCGCAUGAACGGAGAUAAAUUCCGAAGAUUUGUGAAGGCUCCACCUCGUAACUACUCUGUGAUAGUGAUGUUCACUGCUCUCCAGCCACAGCGGCAGUGCUCUGUUUGCAGGCAAGCUAAUGAGGAAUAUCAAGUGCUGGCUAAUUCAUGGCGCUAUUCAUCUGCUUUUUCAAACAAACUGUUUUUCACAAUAGUGGAUUAUGAUGAAGGGGCAGAUGUUUUUCAGCAGCUGAAUAUGAACUCUGCUCCGACUUUCAUGCAUUUUCCUCCGAAGGGUAAACCCAAGAGAGCUGACACAUUUGACCUGCAGAGAAUUGGAUUUGCAGCUGAGCAGCUAGCUAAAUGGAUAGCUGACAGAACAGAUGUUCAUAUUAGGGUGUUCAGGCCUCCUAACUAUUCUGGUACAAUUGCACUGGCUCUUCUGGUAUCUCUCGUUGGUGGUUUAUUAUACCUGCGAAGAAAUAAUCUAGAGUUCAUCUAUAACAAAACUGGCUGGGCCAUGGCAGCUCUGUGCGUUGUAUUUGCUAUGACAUCUGGUCAGAUGUGGAAUCACAUCCGUGGACCACCAUAUGCACAUAAAAAUCCUCAGAAUGGACAAGUGAGUUACAUACAUGGAAGCAGCCAGGCUCAGUUUGUGGCAGAGUCACAUAUUAUUCUUCUGCUGAAUGCUGCUAUCACCAUGGGAAUGGUACUCCUGAAUGAAGCUGCUACAUCCAAAGGAGAUGUUGGAAAAAGGAGAAUAAUAUGUCUGGUUGGCCUUGGUCUUGUGGUCUUUUUCUUCAGCUUCCUGCUGUCAAUAUUUCGCUCCAAAUACCAUGGCUACCCAUACAGCUUCUUAAUUAAAUGAAUUCAAGCGGGAUUCAUUUAGAGCUGCUUACCAUGAAGAUAAGCUAUAACUGCUAUUUUCAGCCCACCAAUGUUACAUGUAUUCAAGAAUCUUUUGUUGGUUCAUCUGUUUUUUGUGAUAAUUUAUAUAGUAUGGUGAUAGAGAAAUGAAUGCAGUUUUAUGCAAUAAAUGCGUAAUUUAUAGAAACAUAUAGUAAAUAUCUCAUUGGGAAGUGCUAAAAUGUUAUGAAUAUAGUGUGCACAAGAAUUUAAAUAAAUUUCAAUAUAAUGGG